GGGCGGGGGGUGAACAGAGUUGAAUGAUUGAACUUUCUUUUUUAGUUUCUGCAGCAGUGAGGUUCCCCUCGUAGUCCAGCACCAGACGGGUGCAUAGGAGCUUAUCCAGGCGUCUCUUGCUCCUUGUACUCCCCUUGUUUCCCCUCCCCACACACAAAGCGAUGGUGUUAAAGGAUCCAGGCGUGUUUCUGACCCUUUUCCUAUGGAUUACGGCUUCCUGGGGCUGUCUGGCUACAGCUGCGGGGCUUGGUGCUGCAGCCCGCAAGCAGGACGAGACUCUUUCUGCUGUCAGUGUUUACAGAGCCAGAUGCACCUCCAGGUGCCUUAGCCUGCAGAUCACUCGAAUCUCAGCCUUCUUCAAGCAUUUUCAGAACAAUGGUUCCCUGGUAUGGUGCCAGACUCACAAACAGUGUUCUAAGUGUCUGGAACCCUGCAAAGAAUCAUGGGAGCUAAAGAAAAAUCAAUGCCAAAGUUUUUGCGAGCCUCUUUUCCCCAAGAAGAACUAUGAAUGCCUAACUAGCUGUGAGUUCCUCAAAUACAUUCUGUCAGUGAAGCAAGGUGACUGUCCAGCACCAGAGAAGGCAAGUGGUUUUGCAGCUGCCUGUGUGGAAAGUUGUGAAAUCGACAAUGAAUGCUCCGGAGUCAAGAAAUGUUGUUCGAAUGGAUGUGGACAUACCUGUCAAAUCCCCAAAAACUUAUACAAAGGUGUUCCUCUGAAGCCCAGGAAAGAAUUACGAUUUACAGAACUUCAAUCUGGACAGCUGGAGAUUAAGUGGUCCUCAAAAUUUAAUAUUUCAAUUGAGCCUGUAAUCUAUGUGGUGCAGAGAAGAUGGAAUUAUGGAAUCCAUCCUAGUGAGGAUGAUGCUACAAAUUGGCAGACUGUGGCACAGACUACUGAUGAGAGAGUUCAACUGUCUGACAUAAGGCCUAGCAGGUGGUACCAGUUCCGAGUGGCUGCCGUUAAUGUGCAUGGAACAAGAGGCUUCACAGCACCCAGUAAACACUUCCGCUCUUCUAAAGAUCCUUCUGCUCCACCAGCUCCAGCUAAUCUCAGAAUUGCCAACUCCACUAUUAACAGUGAUGGCAGUGUGGCUGUAAGGAUUAUUUGGGACAUGCCGGAAGAACUUGACAUCCCUGUGCAUCACUACAAAGUCUUUUGGAGUUGGACAGUCAGCAGCAAGUCAGUUGUGCCAUCUAAAAAGAAGAGAAGAAAGACAACUGAUGGGUCUCAAAAUUAUGUGAUCCUGGAAAGUCUUCAGCCAAACAACAACUAUAUGGUAGAAAUACAGGCUAUAAGUUACUGGGGACAAGUACGCCUAAAAAGUGCUAAGGUGUCUUUUUACUUCACUGCUACACAAGCAACAAGUAAUAAAGAUCAGCUAGGGAAAACUAGAAAAGGAGUUCCUGAAAUACUUCCUCCUUUUCAAAGAAGAAGACCUACUCGCCUUCUGGAAGUUGGAGCUCCUUUCUACCAGGACAACAUGCUUCAGGUCAAAGUCUAUUGGAAAAAGACUGAAGAUGCCAGUGUGAAUCGAUACCAUGUACAGUGGUUUGCAGAAUCAUGUGCUCAUAAUGAAACAAGUGGACUUGAGAAAGCAACUGGUCUGGCCCAUGAAAAUUAUAUAAUUCUUCAAGAUCUUGCUUUUUCAUGCAAAUAUAAAGUGACUGUCCAGCCAGCAAGACCCAAAGGUCGUUUGAAGGCAGAAAGCAUUUUCUUUACUACUCCACCUUGCUCUGCUCUGAAAGGGAAACACCACAAACAUAAUAGCUGCCCUGGUGAAGGAGGUCCACUUCUUUCCAAAGUGUUAGCCAAGCCUGAGAACCUGUCAGCGUCUUUCGUUGUUCAAGAAGUCAAUAUCACAGGACACUUUUCCUGGAAGAUGUCCAAGGCCAAUUUGUAUCAGCCUAUGACAGGAUUUCAAGUCACUUGGGCGGAAGUCACCACAGAGAGUAGACAAAAUAGUUUACCCAACAGCAUCAUUUCCCAGUCUCAGAUAUUGCCAGCAGAUCACUAUGUGCUAACUGUACCCAAUUUGAGACCAUCCACACUUUACAGAUUGGAAGUACAAGUGCUGACUACUGGAGGGGAAGGUCCAGCCACAAUAAAAUCUUUCCGAACACCUGACCUGCUGCCAUCUUCAGCUCACAGACCUCAUCUUAAACAACAUCAUCCACAUCAUUAUAAGCCUUCCCCAGAGAAAUAUUAAAAUGAAAUGACUUUUAAAGUGAAAGAAUAUUGAACUACAGAUUAUUUGCAGGACAAAUAGGUACUUUCCCAUCCUUAUCAUGCCUAGUUGAAGUUACAAUCACAUAUAAUUCCUUAAUAAUUCUUUAUAGAUCUUUCCUCUAAUCAUGUGCCUGAAAUCCUGCAUGCCACAAGCAUCAUGACAGUAGUGUCCAUAUUCUGUGACUGAAGAUAUAAAGCACACCUAUGUCAUUAUGAAGAAUAUGUCUAUUGUAAUUGAAAUUUUGUUUCCUAUUCUUAGACUGGAUACAAAGGGUGCCAAAUGUGUCUUUGAUGAGAUUUGGGAAAGAUUCUUUGGAGAAAAGUGAUUUUUAUAUCUGACCAAUUUAGAACAGCUUUGGAUAGGUAAUAUAAGCAAAUGGGGAAGGAAUAAAUGCACUAAAAAACAAGAGCAGUUAGAGAGAUCUUAGUCUGGAAAAUACAUGAAUAAUAUCAAUUUAAGAAAUAGUAGUUGGGGAAAAUAAAUGUUUAACUGUUUUCUCCAAAUUAUAUGACAAGUGCUAUAGUUAGGCCACAUCCAUAUAAUUAGUUAAAGACACCACUAGAAAAUAAUUUCUUUGUACUUAGAGUAAAUAGGUACAUGAAAUGAAGAUUUGCAUGCUAUUGACAUAUUCUUGCCAUUUCUACUCACGUCCUAAAAAUGUUUAAUAGAGUUAUAUUCUGCCCUACUUGAAUAUCCCAGUUAAUGUAGCUAAAAUUCCUUUCUGAUGCCCACGCCAAAUCCAGAUAAAUCCAUAUUAAUCAUGAAUUGACUAUUAUUGUAACACUAACUUAUUUUGGUGGUAACUAAAAUAUCAAACUAAUUGAUUGAUUUAGUCCUAGGAAUGUUUCCCAUUUCUUCUUCAGGAAAUCAAUCAUUUCACUGUCUCCCAGUCCAGUAACUGAAGUUUUUCUUAUGUCUAGGAAUUUAAACUCCCCAAUUGUGCAAUGUUAUUUAUUCUCUCAUUCUUUCAUUAAGUAAGGAGGAAAACUGCUAUUUGCAUCUAUUUUCCUAAAAAUGUUCAUGUGACUGAAAACAUGUUGUCUCAUUCUUAAAAUGAAAAUAUUUUUCCAAACUUUUUAUAAUGCUUCACACAGAAGCUUAUAUAGAUGAAUUUUUUUGGGAGGAGGGAACAAAGUACUGUGCUUCAGUUAAUAAGAGAAAAAUAUUUAUCCUACAUUUGAUUCAUUCUUGUGAGCUCUACUGUUUUAUAUAUUCUUUUGAAUAAGUAAUCUUCCAUUUGAAUGAAUGAAAAAUUCCCCAAUCAUUCCCAAACAAGAUAAAGUCAAUUAACAACAUUAUUACGAUAUCUGAUUGCUAUAGUAGGAAAAAAAAAAGACUACAGUAUUUUUUUCAAGAGGUACAUAUCAAAUGGACAUAAAAAUAAAUGCAAAUAUGUAAUACAUAUAUAUUUACACACAUUCACACAUAUGUAUACCAUAUUGAACAUAGUUCUGUACUGGGAAAUGCUGAAAACAGAUCAUGCAUCUGGAAAAAAAAAUACAAUCCCAGGAAUCCUGCCAAAGACAAUGAGAAUUAAUGAGAACUUAAUAAUUAAUUUCCUUCAAGGUUUUCUAUUGUUUAAGAAGAUAACUAUAUUUUUGCCCUUUUAAUGCACAACUUUCAUUUUGAAGUUUAUUAGGGAAAAUAUGUUUUAAGAUUUUAGGACAGUACAUUCUUACCUCACAUAAAAAGUUAUCAAAUCCCAUUUAAUGAUGUACUUCUGGGUACAAAGAAUUAAGGGAAUUGUUAUAGAUUUAGAAUUCAUGAAAUACACACACACAUACAAAUCUAAGAUUAUUCAUGUACCCAUCUAUCUACUUGUUUUACUUGUAAGAUUCUAGAUCAUCAAAACUAGACAUUUAUUUUAAAAAUAGUUUCCUUUUAUUGUGAACAAAUUGAAAAUUCCUAACAGGAAGGCUCAGCAGAUCAUGUAUAUAACAUAAAAUCCAAGGUCCAAAUGAAAGUUUCUGUUGAUUUUUUUCAGGCUUUUAAUUUAGAUAAGCAUAUAUAUAAAUCUUGGGAAAUAUACCAGAUUCUAAGAUUUAAACCAUUUUGUUGAAGGAAACAAGAAACUCAUGUUAAAACACAAAGGGCAUAAGCAAAUACACUACAGAAUUCUCCUUGGAAAACUAUGCUAAAUUCCAGCACAGAUGCCAACAACCAGAAUCAACAAUAGCAAAAAUUUAAGAGAGGGGUAAACACACACACACACACACAUAUACACACACACUUUGGGACAAGCUCAAACUUACAUUAUUCCUUUGUUUUUGCCAUAGAACCAAUGUAAUCACUCUUUAUCUGUCUUAUUCAUGAAUAAUUUAAAUAAGGAGGUCAAAAUAUACUAAUAAGAAUGGAUAUGUAUAUAAAAGUGAAUUAUUUUUUGUUAAAGUUAGCCAAAAUAUAAAAUAUUAAAACUAUAGGUAGAGGCUGAAAUCCAUGAGAUCAGUACCAUAGAUUCCAUAGUGAAGAGGAACUGCUUAUAUCAACAUGUUUCUUUUUUAAAUGUCUAUAACAUAUCAUUCCAAUUUGGGGGGGUUUCUAUGAAAAAGAAUAUAUUAAAUUAUUGGCUAAAAUGUCAGUUAUUUUGCAUUUUCUUAACUUUCUAAAGUUCACAUUGAUAAAGUCAUAAUUCUAGUUUUCUAAGAUUAGAAACUAUUCUUUAAAAGGAAACAAAAUUUUAAAAUUGGAUGGAUCUCACAUUUAAAGACAAUAAUAGUGCAUUUGAUAAUUGUAAUCAGUGUUUAUGGUACUGAACUAAAUCUUUUAGCUACUCAAAAACAAAGUAUUGAAAAUAGAGAAAAGAUAAAUAUGUACUGCAUAAACCAUACACUAUUUCCUACUAGAGUGCUCAUGUCUUGGAUUUAUCCUAGACUACCUUGUGAAAAUUUUUAUUCCAUUGAAAAUUUUAAAAUGCUUUUGCAAAUGAUCUUGUAUUCUUUUGAAAGUACAUGUUACAAUUUUCAUAUGAUUUAUGGGAGAUCAUUUUUAUUCUAGGUUAUUUUGGAAAUGUUUACAUAUCAGAGUUCAAACUAGAACAUAGUGUUGCUUCUUAUAAAGCUAAAAGGAACAACUAUCAGGCCAUGUCCUGACAUCUUGAUUGAGUAAAUGAGAUUCUUCCCAUAUUAGGAUUGUGGGAGAAGGCCAGGGCACCACAUUAAGAUGAAUAAUUAAUGUAAGGGGACACUGGGAACAUAGGAGACAGAAGGAAAGUAAUAUUUUAAAAAUCAAACACUAAAAUAGGCCAACCUUUCUCAUUUUUCAUUUAGAACAUAUGAAAAAAAAGGUUAAGUCUAAAUGAUUCCAGUGGAAAUUUUAUUUUGUCCUUCAUAUCUGUAAAGGUGUGUUGUGACAUUGACUUAUUUAUUAAACUCCCUUAUAUUUUGUGAUGUGUAAUCCUUCAUUUUUGUUAAUACUGAAAAUUCAAAAUAAUUAUAUCAUGUUAUGAGAUCUUACACUUUGGAAUCAGGAAAUGAGACUCAAAAGCUAUUGCAUGUAGUUUAAAAAUUUAUUUAAGAAAUGUAAAUGAAUUACCUAAAGAUGUUGAUUAUUAUAUAUGGUUUUGCAUGCCCAAACUCAGUGCUCAGCUAUUGGCAUGAACUGUAAUGACUGUCAUAUCUCUACUGAAUAUAUUAACAAGUUACACAAUUUACAGAGUGAUUAACAGAGGUUUAUAUGUAAAGUUAUUUUUUUCUUUAAUUAUAUUGUAGUGUGAAGAUAACAGAACUGCUUAUCUGUCACCCAAGUGGGCUGUAGAAAUCAUGUUCCCUAUAAUAGUCAUUUAAAGUCAAUAUUUAUUUAUGUAUGUAAUACAGAAAAAGUUUGAUUUUUUUGUGUAUGUAUGUCCUGUUAUUUACAGAGAAGAAAUCUUCUUGUAAAUUUUUUUGUAAAAAAAAAAAUUACAAAAUAAUUGUAAAUAGUCUGAUAUUCUGUUACUCAUUAUUUUCAUGUUAGAAUUUGUACAUAUUGUUUAAGUAAUAAACUAUCUCUAAACCUGUA